UUAUUUAAUUAUAUAUUUUAUUAAAAUAAGUAAAUAGUGUUUAAUAUUAUGAAUAGUAUAACAAUAAAUUUGGUAUAAUAUUAUAAUGUUCCAUUAAAAUAGUGUGACCUUUAAUGUUGGUUUGGAAAAUUUUUAAUCUGAAAAUCAUAAUAAAAUAGAGUUUAGUGUUGCAUUGGAGAAAACCUGUAUAGGUGAUGAUCUAUUGUAACAUGAACUAGUUAUGCUGAGUUUUUUUUUUUGUUAAUAAUAACAUUUGCUUAAAGUCAAUAAAUAUCUACUAAAUUUAGGGGAAAAAAGAACUAGUCAGGUUAUUAUUUUUCGUUAAUAAUAGUAACUAGAUAGUCUUAGACUUAUUACUUCACAUAAUUCUUCUAGGUUUUACCAUUUUAGGCUUCUACAUGCAUUUUCAGAUCUGUCAACUGUAUACAUGCAACUGUCCUAUAUAUGCUAGCUUAUUUAUUGGUGUGGUUAAGUAUAUUACUAUAUUGCAUCGUUAUAGAAAUUUUUUAUCUUUUUUUUUAAAUGACUAGGAAAUUUUUUGAUCCAAAAGUAUGUACUUCUCUAUACGACGACAUCCAAACCAUAUUAAAUUAAUUCUCAUUAGAAGAAUAGACAUGUCCCAAAAGAAUCAAACCUGCGAUUUUCUUUAUUAUAAAUGAUCUACCAAAUUGGUCUUUGAUUUUUAUUUUAGAUUUAAUUUGGAUAUGUUUCUUGCAUUUAAUUCACUACAAAUUGAUGCUAUCCUAUUUUAAAGAGGUGCAGUUGUGCAACUAAAAGACAAUGCUCUUAGAACAUUUCUAAUGUACAUCUUUAUAAAUCCUAAAAUAAAAAAAAUUAUUACAGUAAUUUUUCUCUAAUAUAUGCUUUUAUAAUAGAUUUCCUAUAUUUUUAGGGGAAAAUAUAGAGCAAUGCUACUUUUCCUCUAUAUCUAGGGAUGAUAAUAGAAUUUCUCAAUAUUUUCUCAAAAAAAUCUUUUAUAGAUUUAUAUAUUAGAGAAAAUUCAAUUUUAUAAUUUUUUUAUUUUUAAAAAGAUAUAAAAAUAAAUAUAGAGGUGGUUGGAGAUUUUCUUAGUCAUUCACAAACUUCUAUAUUCUGUUAUGAAAUAUAAAUGUUUAAAUAUUACGUGAACCCUUUGAUCAAUAUAUAUAUAACGUAAACCAUUCUGAACAAAAAAAAUUAUAAGGUAUUAGUUGAUCUUCUCAUAUAUGUAUAAAUCUUUUCUUUUUAUUCCAUUUAAGGGAUGUAAAUUUUGUCGUUAAUGCAAAUGAUUUGUUGUCAUGUGGAGGUUAACAUUGUGAUAGGUCAAGUUAUUUAUUAAUAUUUUAAUUUUCAUCUUCUUAUCUAUUCAUAUAUUUUAUACCAUAUGGUCAAAAGAUCCAAUGGAUUGACAGCAUUUGUUGAUAGAACUUUGAUCUUGAUAAUUACAGGUUUUAUAUUGAAUUAGAACUGGCCAAUCUCCGUACAAUUAAAACCAGCAAUGUUAGUUAAAGAAUUACUCCAUUAACUAAUAAUAAUAGUGAAGACUAUUUCGGACACAUAUAGACAAUUUUUGUGCUUCCACUUUCCCUAAUUGUAUCAGUUGAUACUUUCUCUUCUUUUUUUCCUUCAGAUGCCUUUGUGUAUAUAGCAUAUUUAUGCAGAGUAAGUUCACACAAAAAUAAACUUACAUAAACUCCUUGCGUAUUUUUUUUUCUUACUCUACUUUUCUUCUUUAUAAGAGAGAAUCUAGGGUUUUUGGCCUUCGUAUUUCUUUUGCUGGUCAAGAUUACAAGGUCUUCUUUUUAACUUUAUUUGUUUUCUUGAGGAAAUUUUUGAAGAAAUGGGAAGGGGAAGGGUUCAGUUACGGCGGAUCGAGAACAAGAUAAGGAGACAAGUGACAUUUUCAAAGCGAAGAACGGGUUUGGUGAAGAAAGUUCAGGAGAUCUCAGUGUUAUGUGAUGCUGAUGUUGCUUUGAUUGUCUUCUCUCCAAAAGGCAAGCUGUUUGAGUACUCUGCUGGUUCCAGCAUGGAAAGCAUUCUUGAUCGAUAUGAGAGAUGUUCAUUCGCCGGUCAAAAUAUUCCUACACCAAGUUUGGAUUCACAGGGUGAGUGCUCAACAGAAUGUUCGAAGCUCUUGAGGAUGAUUGAUGCUAUGCAAAGAAGCUUAAGGCACUUGAAAGGAGAAGAGGUUGAUGCUCUAAGUAUCAGAGAGCUCCAGGGUCUGGAAGUGCAACUUGAUACUUCCCUCAAGAGAAUUCGCUCAAGAAAGAACCAGCUCAUGGUAGAGUCCAUAACGCAGCUCCAGAAAAAGGAGAAGGAACUCAAAGAACUGAAGAAACAGCUAACAAAGAAGGUUGAUCAAAGAGAAGACAUUGAGACUCAAAACCUCAGCCAAGGGUUAGCCUCAUUGGAAACGCCACCAUGUGAGCCACCGCACCCGUUGCCCGGACCAAUAUCUCCCAAUCCUCCUUUACCUCUUGGGAACAUCUCGCAUAGGAAUGAAGUUGGAGAAGCAGAUGGUGGAACCCUAAUAAUUCGACCGACGAAUACAACAUUGCCGCACUGGAUGCCCCGGGUCACUGGAGAAUAGAGGUCGACAGGGCAUCUUGGUUUGUUAUUUUCGGUACUUAUUAGUAUCUAGUAAGGAAAUAACUUCUCGGUUUAGUUAGUAGAACCAAACCGAAUAUCAGGAACUAUUUUCGGUUAUGGCAUUCUAAUAACCAGCAUAAGUAAGUUUCAAACUUCGAAACGAAUUUAUUAAAAUUGUAUCUCGAAUGUGAUUUUGUAUAUUUUAUCAAUGAUUGUAGCUUACAUUUUGUGAAUUUAUUUGUGUGAUUCGCAUGCUAUGUUAAUUUCGA